AGAAAUAUCAGUUGCCAAAUUCCUCUUGUUUUCUCCUUAUGUGUUCUGCGUUUCAAUAUCUAUCAGUUUGUAUCAAUGGACUUAACAUAAGCAGCUUCAGUGCCGGAGACGUGGCCGUCUUUAAGUCAUCGGUGGGUUUUAGUGUCUGGUUUAUGGUUUUUACAAAGAAUCUUUGUUUUAUGGAGGUGUUGUGAUUAUUUUGAAAGAGUUGCUUUCAGACUUUCAGUUGCGGUAACCGAACUUAAACCCGUAAACACACACCUACACUUCAAAUAUGUCAAAGAUUCAGCGCCUACUUCUUCAGAAAUUCACCCUCACAUCCUCUCUCCAAACCCUCAGAACCCUGCACACCCUGCAAGCCUCUCGGAAUCCGUCAACUGAAUCAGUCUCAGAUUCUUUUUUGGUGGAGAAAAUAUUAUUCAAUUUAAAGCAAUGGAAUGUUAACUCUUUGCGUCACUAUCAAUUUCGCUUGAACCCAGUUACUGUAGUUGAGGUUUUAUAUCGUCUGCGUGAUAAUCUGCAUUUGGGUCAGAGAUUUAUUGAUUUUAUUGCCUUGAAUUGUGCUAAUUUUAAGCAUUCGUCUUUGUCUUUGAGUGCAAUGAUUCACAUUUUGGUGCGAAGUAGACGAUUAUCUGAUGCACAAGCUUUGAUUCUUAGGAUGGUUAGAAAGAGUGGUGUUUCACGAGUAGAAAUUGUUGAGUCUUUGGUUUCUACGUAUAAGAAUUGUGGGUCUAAUGAGUUAGUUUUUGAUUUGUUUAUUAGGACUUAUGUUCAAGCUAGGAAGUUAAGAGAAGGAUCAGAGGCCUUUCUCGUAUUGAGAAAUAAAGGAAUUUGUGUUUCUAUCAAUGCUUGCAAUAGUCUUCUUGGUGGGUUAGUGAAGAUUGGUUGGGUUGAUUUGGCAUGGCAAGUUUAUGCAGAGGUUGAUAGAAGUGGUAUUGAAUUGAACGUUUAUACUUUAAAUAUUAUGGUUAAUGCAUUGUGUAAAGAUCACAAAAUCGAUAGUACUAAGUUGUUCUUAUGCAAGAUGGAAGAGAAAGGGAUUUAUCCAGACAUUGUGACAAAUAAUACGCUGAUCAACGCGUAUUGUCGUGAAGGGCAAGUGGAAGAAGCUUUUGAGUUGAUGAACUCAAUGUCGGGAAAGGGUUUGAGACCGGGUGUUUAUACUUAUAAUUCUCUUAUUAAUGGUUUAUGCAGGAAGGGAAGAUAUGAGAGAGCAAAGGAAGUUUUGGAUGAGAUUUUGCAAAUGGGGUUAACCCCUGAUACUGCUACUUAUAACACACUUCUUGUUCAGAGUUGUAGAAAGGAUAAUAUUUUGGAAGCUGAAGAAAUUUUAGGUGAAAUGUCUCGUCGAGGUGUUGUUCCAGAUUUAGUUAGCUUUAGUUCACUGAUUGGAGUAUUCUCAAGGAGUGGGCAGCUUGAUCGAGCAUUAAUGUAUUUUAGACAUAUGAAGAGUGCUGGAGUAGCUCUGGAUACUGUUGUUUAUACCAUCCUUAUAGAUGGGUAUUGUAGAAACGGCUUCAUGUUGGAGGCAUUGAAAAUGCGGGAUGAGAUGCUAGAGCAGGGUUGUAUUAUGGAUGUCGUUACGUACAAUACUAUUUUGAAUGGACUCUGCAGGACAAAGAUGCUCGCUGAUGCAGAUGAGCUGUUUAAGGAGAUGUUGGAAAGGGGUGUAUUUCCUGAUUUUUAUACUUUCACCACAUUAAUUCAUGGAAACUGUAAGGAUGGAAAUAUGACGAAAGCACUCAACCUUUUUGAUAUGAUGACUCAAAAGAGUAUUAAGCCUGACAUUGUGACAUACAACACACUGAUUGAUGGGUUUUGCAAGGUUGGUGAAAUGGAUAAAGCUAACGAGUUAUGGACUGAUAUGAUCUCUCGAAAAAUUUUCCCAAAUUAUAUUUCAUAUGGGAUUUUAAUAAAUGGAUUUUGCUGUAUGGGUCAUGUUACUGAGGCAUUCAGGUUGUGGUAUGAGAUGGUUAGGAAAGGUAUUAAGCCAACUCUUGUGACUUGUAACAUAAUUAUAAAGGGGUAUUGUCGUUCAGGUGAUGCAUCAAAGGCUGAUGAAUUCUUAAGUAAGAUGAUCUCAGAAGGGGUUGUUCCUGAUAGCAUAACAUAUAAUACUCUUAUUAACGGCUUUGUAAAGGAAGAGAAUAUGGACCGAGUAAGUGUUCUGGUUAGCAAGAUGGAAAAUCAAGGACUACUGCCUGAUGUUAUUACAUACAAUGUAAUUUUGAGUGGGUUUUGUAGACAAGGAAAUAUGCAAGAGGCUCAGCUCGUACUUCGGAGAAUGAUUGAGAAAGGUGUAAAUCCUGAUAGGUCCACGUACACUUCACUGAUAAAUGGACAUGUCAGCCAAAACAAUUUAAAGGAGGCAUUCCGUUUCCACGAUGAAAUGCUACAAAGGGGAUUUGCCCCAGAUGAUAAAUUCUAAUUGGUUUCACUUGCAGCCAUUGGAAUGAUUGUAGUACCAAGUACUUCUUCGCAAGUUCAUGUUGCAUUCGUUUUGCAGCAUGUUAGGUAUAUACAGAGGUAACAUGAAGAGUAUUUAAAAUGCAAAGUCUCGGGAGGCCAAGGAUGAAACCAGGGAAAAUUGUGGCUUAGGGGAUUAUUCCAAGUUGCAGCAAUUUGCUUUGGCAAACAGCAAAGUAGAUGUGAGCCAUUCAGCAUUACUUAACCGAGAUCUGCCAUUUGAUUAGAACCUAGCCUUAAUUCGUUUAGCAGUCUGAUCAUGACGCUGAAGUUUGAAACCUUACCCCAAUUUUUUCUGCCCAGUACUGGCUCUCUCGGUCUCUCUCCGGUUUGCUGUAUUUAAUUUCUCUUGAGAUGACUCAAUUGGACUCCUUUCAUUUUGGUGUAGGGCACUAUGAAAUGUGGUUGAACUCAGCAAGAAGCAACAAUCUUCAAUAGCUAAAAGCAAUGGCUAUCAGUUGCAGGAAAUUCAGUAGCAUGCUCUAGUGCAAGCUAUGUCACUCGAUUCUAAAAGGAAACAAUAGAACAUGUUGGAAACGUGCUCGAGUUCAAAUCAUAGACCUGAACUGUGGAAAUAUAUUUGCCUCGAACGUAAGUUCACUUUAAUUAGCACCCAGAAUUGUUUUUGCUCUUUCAACUCAUGCAUCUAUGUGAAUAGUGGAACAAAUUCUUCUGUAUUUAAUCCAUUUGAGUAAUUAAAUUUUUUUCAAGAUUUUCUGCAUGCUUCGUUGUAACUCUUUAAGAGCUUAUCCGUCAUUGAAUAAUAUAAGCUUUAGUCGAAAAAACC